AUGCAUCUGGAAGUCUACACAACCAGUGGUAGCGCCUCAGCUCAGCCUCAUGGCUUCUCCAUCUUCCAACCCUGCGGUCGACUUCCUACCCAAGGGAGAAUCAUAGGAGGCAUGCCUCCCCGCGAGAAGAAGUGGCCAUGGCAGGUCAGUUUGCAUUAUGGCGGAGUACACGUCUGUGGUGGGUCGAUUAUCAGCGAGUACUGGGUUCUGUCGGCAGCCCACUGCUUCGAGAGAUUGAAAGUCUCUGGAUUUGAUUUGUACGUGGGUCUCUUUAAUCUCAGCGUUGCAAGCCAACACACUCAGUGGUUUGAGGUGAAUAGGCUGAUCAUUCACCCGACCUACAGAUUAUAUCACCCUGUUGGAAGCGACAUUGCUCUGGUGCAACUGAAAAGCCGGAUUGAGUUUUCUGACUCUGUAAUCCCCAUCUGCCUUGUACCUGCUAACGUAAGCCUUCACAAUUUGACUUGCUGGGCUACAGGAUGGGGGCUACUUCAACCAGGAGGUUUACCUUCAGAAACUCUGCAGGAGAUCCUGUUACCUCUGGUUCCAAGUAGGAUAUGUGCAAUGCUCUAUGGAAGCCCAUUUAUGAUUCGGCCUGACAUGCUGUGUGCUGGGUACAUUAUGAAGCCAAAGUCUGUUUGUGAGGGUGACUCUGGUGGCCCACUUGUCUGUGAAUUCAACGACACCUGGCGACAAAUUGGAGUAGUAAGCUGGGGAAACGGUUGCUCAGAUCCUGUGUUUCCUGGAGUUUUUGCCAGAGUCUCUUAUUUCCUGCCGCCCACCGCGCCACGCAGCCUAAAAGCCGCACAGGCGCAGCGCCAUGAGCAUCCUGGAGACUUAGUGGGGGCUGCUGACAGCUGUGACACAGAGACACAAGGCAAGGUCUUGGGGGGCCAGGAUGCACCCCCAGGCAGGUGGCCCUGGCAGGUCAGCCUGCAGUACAAUGGCCGCCAUACCUGCGGGGGGACCAUCCUCAACCAUCACUGGGUGCUCACCGCUGCCCACUGCUUCCCCAGCCCACAUGUCCUGCCAAACCAGGAUGGCCCCUGGUUCGAGCUGACUAGGCCUCGGCAGGCGCUCACCGGUAGUGACAUUGCACUCCUGCAGCUGAGGACCCCUUUGCGGUUCUCCACCUUGGUGAGCCCAGUUAGCCUCCCACCCCCUGCCUUCCAAAUGCAGCUGCAUUCGGAGUGCUGGGUCACAGGCUGGGGCCAAGUACACUACAAAGAGACAUCAGUGAAUACCCUCCGGGAGGCCCCAGUGUUCAUUGUCAACAACACCUGCUGUGAGCCGUAUCUGGACCUCCCCCAGCCCGCCCUCAGCAAGAUGCUGUGUGCAGCCAGCCUCAGGAACAGCGCCAUGGCCUGCCUGGGCGACUCUGGAGGACCUCUGGUCUGUGAUGUGAACGGCACCUGGCUGCAGAUUGGGGUGGUGAGCUGUGGCAGGGUGUGUCUGCCCACUGUCGUCCCCAACCUGUACACUUGUGUCUCCCGCUUCUCUUCCUGGAUCACGGAGAACAUCAGGGCUGGCCAGGAUGCUGGGGCGUGGACCUCACCCCUGACACUGCUGCUGCCGCUUCUGUCCCUCCCCAGCACCCAGUGA